CCCUUGACUCUCUCCGUCACCACCAUACGUAUGUAGUGGUGCGUCUCGCUUGAGUAGAACAAUCUUUGUGCUAGCUAACACUCUAUUACGUUACCAGACAGCAGGUGAGCAGCAUCGUCCUCAAAGUACUCACAAAGGACCUCCAAUUACAGUAAGCACAACGAGGACAAAUACAGAAAUGGCUUCCCAAAUCCGCCAAAACUUUCACCAGGACUGCGAGGCUGCCAUUAACAGACAGAUAAAUCUUGAGCUUUAUGCCUCUUAUGUUUACCUCUCGAUGGCAUAUUAUUUUGAAAGGGAUGAUAAAGCCCUACCAAAUUUUGCCAAGUUUUUUGGGGCCCAGUCCAAAGAGGAGCGCGAGCACGCCGAGAAGCUGUUGACUUUCCAGAACAAGAGGGGAGGCAGGAUUUUUCUACAGGAUGUCAAGAAACCUGACCGAGAUGAAUGGGGUAGUGGCAUGGAGGCUUUGGAGUGCGCCUUGCAGCUGGAGAAAAGUGUAAACCAAUCUCUGCUGGAGCUACAGGAAAUGGGCGCGCAGCACAACGAUCCUCAUCUGUGUGACUUCAUUGAGACCCACUAUCUGGAUGAGCAGGUCAAGUCCAUCAAGCAGCUCGCUGACUGGAUCUCAAACCUGCGGCGCAUGGGCGCGCCACAGAACGGCAUGGCUGAGUACCUCUUUGACAAACACACCAUGGCUGAGGAGGCCAGCAGUCAAACAUAGGCCGAUGAGCUGCGGUAUCGUCACUCACCUCUACAUGCCCUUUGCCGCGCCUUAUUCGGAACGUCUGUUAUUUGCAGAGCACAAAAGCCAUAUUUUUUUUGUACUCGUGUGCCGUUUCUGAUUCAGAAUUUUCUAAUGUUGCCUUGUUUCACAAAGGAUUGAAGCACAUUCUGAAUUGAUCAAAAUGAGCGUUUGCAUCCAUCCUAGUGUCACUGUCUGGUAAAUUACAGUGAGAAAAUGCUAUUAUCGUCCUGCUGACUUUUCUCUGUCAGAAAUCAUUGCGCACAUUGAGAGAGAAAGCCACUAGAUGGCAGCAGAUACUGUAAUCUACCAUAUAAUGCAAACAUCUUGUUACAGUUUUGCACAAUCUAAAGUCAAAUUUAAUUAUGACACCCACCACACGCCCACACACAUAGUCACCAUAAACAUAAUUAUUGUUUGACCUGUAUGUAGUAGUCAUCAGGAUACAUGUAUUUUAUAACAAAUACUCAUUAGUGGGUCUAAUAUUUUUGUGUUAAGUUAGCCAAAACAAAUAUAUGGAACUGAUUUACAAGACAAUAGAAAUUAAAAUCACUGGAAUCCUUUUAGCUAGGAUUCUAAUGUGUAUUGUAAACCUCAUAGUACACUUUUUAAAGUAAAUAAUGCUACAGCUACUGUCGGGUGGGCGAUGUACAAUAAGAUUGUUUUCUCUAAAUGAGCACUGUAUACCAAAGCACAGUGGACAUAAUGUGUGAUUGUAUAAAAAAAAAAUAAAGCUGCAAUAAAAUCUAA